AUGGCUCGCACCAAGCAAACCGCUCGUAAAUCGACUGGAGGAAAGGCUCCGCGCAAGCAACUCGCCACCAAGGUAACAUUUCAACUUUAUUGAUUAGAAAUAAACGUUUUAUUUUUAACAUGAGACGAGCUGCUCAAAAAUAUAAUGUAUCACGGUGAACUCUUUCAGGCUGCUCGUAAAUCGGCUCCAACUACCGGAGGAGUCAAGAAACCGCAUCGCUACCGUCCAGGAACCGUUGCUCUCCGUGAGAUUCGUCGUUACCAAAAGUCGACCGAGCUCCUCAUCCGCAAGCUCCCAUUCCAACGUCUUGUUCGUGAAAUCGGUAAACCACAUACACGCCUCCAAUUUCCAAAAUGAUGGUUUUUAGCUCAAGAUUUCAAGACCGAUCUCCGAUUCCAAUCGGCCGCUGUCGGAGCUCUUCAAGAGGCCUCGGAGGCCUACCUCGUCGGUCUUUUCGAAGACACCAACUUGUGCGCCAUCCACGCCAAACGCGUCACCAUCAUGCCGAAGGACAUCCAACUGGCGCGCCGCAUCCGUGGAGAGCGUGCUUGA